AUGAGUGUUCCAGACCAGAUUGUCCCGUCGUUGGACACGGUGAAGGAUGUGUUGGCCAAGCAGCAGGGGCCGAAGAUACCGAAUCUCGUGCCACUGUAUGGCCAAAUUUCCUCCGACCUGAUCACGCCCUCUUCGGCGUACCUCAAGGUCGUGGCUCAUACGAAGUCACCGUACUCUGUCCUCUUUGAGAGCGCCGCGUCCGAGCAGGUUGGCCGCUACAGCUUCGUCGGUGCGGGUCCUAGGAAGAUUCUCAAGACCGGCGAGGGUCACGGCGAGUCCUGCGAUCCGCUUCCUGCGCUGGAGAAGGAGCUCUCUCAGUAUGUCGUUGCUGAGGUCCCGGAUCUGCGGCUGCCACCUUUGACGGGUGGCGCCAUUGGAUACAUAGGAUACGACUGUGUCAGGCAAGUAGCGCCACGCACUCAGACUCGACCUAUGAAGGACGUCCUGCAAAUUCCCGAGUCACUCUUUCACUUCUAUGAUACCAUAAUAGCCUUCGACCGCUUUUUCGGCGUCAUCAAGGUCAUUACGUAUCUGCGAGUGCCUGAGAACCCAGCUGAUAUCGAGGAUGAGUACGCCAAGGCGGCAAAGGUCAUCGAGGAUCUUGUUGGCGUUCUCGAGGCCCCCGAGACUCCAUUGCCAGAGCAGAAACCCAUCCAGCUCGGUCGUGAGUACACGUCCAACAUCGGCCAGGAUGGAUACGAGGGCCACGUCAAAAACCUGAAGAAGCACAUUGUCACAGGAGACAUCAUCCAGGCCGUCCCGUCUCAACGCUUCGCUCGGCCCACGGAUCUGCACCCUUUCAACAUCUAUAGGCACCUUCGCACCGUCAACCCUUCGCCGUACCUAUUCUUCAUCGAUAAUGGAGACUUCCAGAUCAUCGGAGCGUCCCCAGAAUUACUUGUCAAGGAGGAGGCUGGACGGAUCAUUACCCAUCCCAUCGCCGGUACCGUCAAGCGAGGCAAGAACCCCGAGGAGGACGAGCGUCUAGCUGCUGAAUUAGCGAACUCCUUGAAGGACCGCGCAGAACACGUGAUGCUGGUCGAUCUGGCUCGCAACGACGUCACUCGUGUUUGCGAUCCACUGGAGACCAGGGUCGACAGGCUGAUGGUAGUAGAGAAAUUCUCGCACGUCCAGCAUCUCGUCUCUCAGGUCUCAGGUGUUCUUCGGCCAGGCAAGACGAGGUUCGACGCCUUCCGGUCCAUCUUCCCUGCUGGAACGGUCUCGGGCGCUCCAAAGGUCAAGGCCAUGGAGCUGAUCGCCGAGCUAGAGAAAGAGAAGCGCGGUGUCUACGCUGGUGCGGUUGGAUACUUUGGCUACGGCAGUGUGAAUGCUGCGGGACAGGAGAAAGAGGGGGCUAUGGACACAUGCAUAGCUCUUCGCACGAUGAUGACCAAGGACGGCGUGGCGUAUCUGCAAGCUGGCGGUGGUAUUGUGUUCGACUCAGACCCGUAUGAUGAGUGGAUGGAGACUAUUAACAAACUCGGUGCCAACAUGCAAUGCAUAACCUCUGCCGAAAAGAUCUACGUUUCUCGACAAGGAAAGGGAAAACAAUAG